AUGGUCAUGGUGAGCGUGAGAAAGACCUACGCUGACGUGCUCAAGGCGGCGACCACCGGCGGCAUGGCCGGCGGCAACAGCAAUGGCACCACCUCCAUCACCGACCGCUCCUUCUACGAGUGCUGCCAGACGGAGGGCGUGCCCAUUCUCUGUCGGCCCCUCUGCAACCUCAACGCCAUGAUCAGCGACCAGACGAAGCCGUACAUGUACACCCUCUGCUACAACUACAUGGCGCACAUCUUCCGCUGCAUCGCCGACGGCCGCAAUCACCUGCCCUGCUGCCAGCGGCAGCUGGUGCCGACGCUCUGCCAGCCGAGCUGCACCGGGCGGUACUCGCUGGAGAAGGCCCUCGACCACGCCAUCUGCCAUGAGCACUCCAAGACCAUUCUCUUCUGCAUUGCCGACGGGCUGCAGGUGCUGCCGGAACAGCCGCAGGACGUCUCCGCGGAGACGGUCAACUUUACCUUUAUCUCCCUCAAAUGGUCCAGUCCUAAGGAAAGCGUUCCAAGUGGUACGGAGUACAAAAUAACCCUCAAAGAGCUGGCCACCUUUGAUGAGAACUGGAAGAAGGCAAAUGUGACUCUCCGAAUAGACCCUCCGAAGAUUGAGACGCUUAUUGUAUCGGGUAAUGCGACUGAAAAGCUGCUAGGCCCGUUGAAGAAGAGUACAAUGUACGAAAUAAAGAUGAUUGCUCGCAACAAGUUCGGCGAAAGUAUGCCCACAAAUGAGAUCCGCGUGGUGACCCAUUCACCGCCGUCGCCAUCCUCCUCCUCCUCUUCCUCCUCAACAUCAUCAAUGACCGGUGAAGCAGGCGAAGAAGGUAGUAGUGGCAGCUCCUCACGAAAGAAGGUGGUCGACGAUCUGGACAACGGCAAAGCCGGCGACCCCGCCCAGGUGCCCAAUCUGCGUCGGUGCUGUUCAGCAAAGGGCGUCAAGAGUGAUGCCUGUCUGAAGCAGCUCUGUGAGCCCUUUAUCAUUGAGCCCGUUGAGGUGGAGGAGUCGAUCAUGUGCAUGAAGUACAUGAACACCUCCUACAAGUGCAUUGAAGAAAUUCGCGACAACACCGACUACGAAACCUGCUGCGAGGAGGAGGGCGUCAGCGCCUUCUGCAAGCACUUCUGCUCCGGAAAGACCGCCCUCCUCUACGACUUUCAGUCGCAGUUCCAGUGCCUGCCCUACAUGUCCUCCCUCGUCAGCUGCGUCCUCGAGCGCAAGGGCUACGUCACCACCGAGCCGACCUCCGUCGCCGUCUCCAGCGUGCACACCGACUGGGCGCUGGUGAUGUGGAAGCCGCCGAAGAAGCAGGCGGACACGGUCACCAAGUACCAGGUCCACUACCGGGAGCUGUCGGAGGAGGCGGACGACUUCUACUUCGUCGAGGUGGCCACCAAGUCGCCCUUCCUCGUGGACAAGCUGCGCUCCAGCACGCGCUACGAGGUCUUCGUCACCGCCGUCAACAAGUACGGCGUCAGUCGCGGCUCGACGCGAAUCCUCUUGUAA